GUUCUACAACUGAGGUUAAAUUAUAGCUGAAUGUAUGAGAGCAGCAGGAAACCCAGGAUGACCCUGACCAGAGAGCAGAAGUGAGUCAGCAGGGUGAAGUUUUCAGACACUUCUCGCGUCCUGCGUCAGGUGGCGCAGCGCCUCAGCUCAGCGUGAGCUGCUCAGACCGGUCAAACUUUUUUGGUGCUUCCAUGUGCUCAGACCUGCAAAAUAACUUUGUCCCAACUCAUUUUCCUGCGCCAAACUAUGUGCGCUGAUUGCUCAACUCCCUGCGCGGAAAAGGAGCCAAUCUGUCAAGUUUUAACCGCAGGCGAGAUGGAGUCGCAAACUAAAGUACCGACGGCUCUCCGCGGUGAUGAAGGUGUUUGUAAGAAAGGAUGCGGGCUUCUGCUGUCCGGUGAACCGGAUCACUGCUGUAUGGACGCCCUCCGCACCGUCACCGACGCCCUGGAGGAGAGAAGCGCCGCUUUGGAGCACGAGACCCGGAUGGCGAGGCUCAGGUGGAACCGGAGGGAGCAGUCCCUGUUAGCUCAGGUGUCCACUCUGCAGAACGAGGCCCAGCUGGCGGCUCUAAAGUACCAAAGCAGACUGCAUCAGUACAUGCUGCACAUCAACAGCAUUGCAGAGCAGGUCACUGGCUACUACAAGAGAGACGUGAGGGCAGCUGCGGACAUGCAGAGCCAGAUAUCAGAUGAAGCAACAUGUGCAGAGGGAGAGCCACGGGAGCAGCUCCAAACACCUCAGCUGCCCAGUCACAGUGGAGGAGAGACAAACAGCCUACUGCAAAGACAAACCGUCACAUCUGAUGUGUACAAAUGUUUAACAACAACAGUGGAGGAGAAAUCUGUGAAUGGGAAGGAGUUGUCUAAGUCCAGCCAUGAGGAGACUGUGGAGGCCUUUCGUGCUGCCAAGGACCCCGUCGUGGUGCAGGUCAUCCGGCGGACCCCCAGCGGCCGCCCCCAUGGCCUCCCUCAGGAAAUCCAUGUGGUGGAUGUGUGCACUCAGACCGACAUCACCUUUGAACACAUCAUGGCGCUGGCAAAGCUCCGGCCCUCAACCCCUCCUGUGCCUGACGUCUGUCCCUUCCUGCUCUCUGACAGCUGUCAUUCUCUUCAUACAAUGGACCAGGAUUACUAUGAAGGGACAGACUACCUCUCCCCUGUUCCAGCUGAUGGAGAGAGGACGGAGGAAUUCGAGUAUGAGGAAGUGGAAUUGUGUCGACUUAACAGCCAAGAGAAGUUGGGGCUAACUCUGUGCUACAGAACAGAUGAAGAGGAGGAUGUGGCCAUCUAUGUCAGUGAGAUCAGUCCAAACAGCAUUGCUGCUAGAGAUGGACGCAUUCGAGAGGGGGAUCGCAUUUUACAGAUUAAUGGCCAAGAUGUACAAGACAGAGAGGAAGCAAUGGCUGCACUCUCCAGUGAUGAGAGCAGGAACAUCGUACUGCUGGUUGCCAGACCUGAGAUGCAGCUGGAGGAGGCCUGGCUGGAUGAUGAGCACAGUGAAUUCCUGGAGCAGUUGAAGAUGGAAAUGUUGGAGGAGCAGCAGAGGGAGGAGAUGGAAUUGGCUGCCUUACAGGAGGAACAGGAGAAUGAGCAGAGAGUGGACGAUGACAGGCCCACCUGUUCCACACUCCCCCAUCAUAAGGAUAGUGUACUGAGUAGAAAAGACAGAAUGGAGAGCUCAGAGCAUAAUGUCUUGGCACACAUCCAGAGACGUUUGUCCCAGUGCCUAAGAGACAAUCGGGACACACACCAUACCACCAGCUCCACACGGCUGGAGGACAAAGAGGAUGAGGAUGAUGAUGAGAUGGAGGGUGAUCGUUUCCAGCAGCUCCUGGAGCUGAAGUGUCAGAUACGUAACAGCGGUGAGUACGACCUGUUCUACAGCCGCCGCAGCACUAUUGAGUGCAGCAUGGGGGAGCAGGGUGGAGUACAGCAUGAGCUACGAAUGCUCAACGAAGAGCUGCGCAGCAUCGAACUUGAAUGUCAGAACAUCAUGCAGGCCCAUAACCUUCGUAAGAGCCAGCAGUCUUCCUCCAUGGGCCACUCUGCACCCUCAUCCAAAAACCAAAGCCCCCAUCGAAGUGACCCUACAAAAAGUAAGCUGGCUGACAUAAAUGAAAGGCUUGAAAAAUCAGACAAGGACAGCUCUAGUGCCUACAACACGGCAGAGAGUUCACGGAGCACCCCUCUGGCAAUGGACCGCUCCCCAGAGCACUCACUCCAGAGGAUGGUUAGUCUCACCAACCAGAGAAACCUCUGCAGUGGCCUUGCCACUGGCCCCUUACUUAGCCCAAGCCCCGUCCCAGCAUGCCGUGCUUCAGUCCCAGGGAAAAGCAGCAGCCCCGACCACAGCAGCCGUUCUCAAUCGAACCAGACAACUCAGGCUGAGGAGGAGAGCAGAGGGAAAUUAAAACAACUUGCUUCCCAGAUUCCUUACUUCUCUCCAUCCCACAGUUCCCAGCAGAGGCAGGUCAACAUCCCAGCUCAUGCACGCCACUACCAGAGCUACAUGCAGCUGAUCCAGCAGCGCUCAGCUGUGGAGUAUGCUCAGAGCCAGCUCAGCCUGCUCAGUGUCUGCAAAGAGCCUCAGAGGCCCAUUAAUGAGCCCAAGAUGGAGUGGAAGGUCAAGAUCCGCAGUGAUGGUACACGCUACAUCACCAAGAGGCCUGUGAGAGACAAGAUCCUGAGGGAGCGAGCCCUAAAGAUUAAAGAAGAACGUAGUGGGGGGAUGACCACAGAUGAUGAUGCAAUGAGUGAAAUGAAGAUGGGGAGGUACUGGAGUAAAGAGGAGAGAAAGCAACACCUGGUCAGAGCAAAAGAACAGAGGAAAAGACGCGAGUUCAUGCAGCGUAGUCGGCUGGAAAGCUUGAAAGAGAACCCUCAGAGCAGUAGUGAGGGUCGCAAGGAAGUCAGCAUUAUAGAGCUCAGCCAGAAGAAGAUGAUGAAGAAACGCAACAAAAAGAUCCUGGACAACUGGAUGACCAUCCAGGAGCUGAUGACUCAUGGUACUAAGGCCCCUGAGGGAGCCAAGGUGCACAACGCCUUCCUAUCAGUCACUACUGUAUAAAAAAAACACACACAUUCUACCCCAUGCGGUAUAAUAUACUUGCCUCGUUCAAUGUGGCGUUUUUAUGAGGACAAUAGGAAUAUUUUUCACACUUUGUAACCCAAAAAGCAUUUUGUAAAGAAUUUAUCAGCGGUAUCACAGCAUUUUCUUCAUGUUUUUCAGUAUUGUUUUUC